AUGCGUGCCAGAGCAGGUUGCACGUCGGGUGGCACCUGUGCGAGAAGAGGCGGCAGUGGCAGCGGGCGAACCGUUAGGCACCAGGGCGCCAUCAGCUACAAGCGCAGCUGUGGCAAGCGUCGGAGGGGAGCCGCCCCCCCCAACUGCUGGCUGCAAUGGCCUGGGCGAGCCGUAUGCGACACGCACGCGCACAACGCCCCCCUCCGCGCCCAGAUCUCGGGGCAGGUGGUGGCCCACAGCCACCAGCGCGCCCUGCCCCUGCUGCGCGGGCUCCAGGCCGCGGAGGUCGUGGACGAGGUGGCCGCCGCGCUGGGCGGCGCCGCCGGGCGCUCCCCGCAGCGGGACGCCGUGGACGUGGCCUGGGCCGCUGGCGGACUGGAUCACGAGGACGCCGGCAGGCUGGAGGGCGCGGCCGCCGAGGCCGAGGUCUUCGGCUUCAACACAAUUAUUGUGGCGGCCUUCCCGGACCUUUUGUGUUGGGCCGGCGUGCCGGGAGUCUGCAGCCGAGCCUCGUGCGAAGGCGCGUCCAAGGUGGACUACCGCAGCCACGUCUUCGAGAGGAUGAAGUGCCGGUCGCCGAUCGACACCCUGGGCGUGUUCGUUUUCGACGGCCGCGGCACGCCUCUCUUCGAGGCCGCAGCGGGCUCCUGGCUUCGCCGUCCGCAGUGGGACACCGGGGGGGCCGCGGCGGAGGAGCGCCCGCACGCGCAGAGGGCCGCGCAGAGGGCCGUGCGGCGCGGCGGCACGGGGGCGGCGGCCGGCAGAUUCUCCUCGCAGAGGGGCGGCUUCUGCAAGAGCGCGGGCCCUCGCCGCGGGGGGCCCCGCCGCGGAGCAGACGCACGGGCAGACGCCCGGGCUCCGAGGCCGUCCGCGCCCGCAGAGGGGCCCAUGCUGCGCCUCCUGCCCCUGGCGCUGCCGGCCCUGCUGCCGGCGGGCGGCGCGCCGGCGAGCGAGGCCGCGCCCCGCGCCGCGGAGGCGGGGGGGCAGGGCGGCGGCGGGCCGCCGCGCGCCCUGCUGCGGGCGGGCGCCGCGGGGGGCGAGGAGGUGUGCAGGAGCGCGAAGUGCCUCAGGGCCGCCGAGUACCUUAAGGGCUUCAUCUCGAAGAAGGAAGAAUACAAAGGACCCUUGCGACGAUUUCUCCCAAUUCACUUGCAGCCCUCAGAAGAAGGAGGAGCUCAUGAGGAGCGGAUAUCCUAG